UUUGCGUCGACAAAUCCCGACUCCACGGCAAAACAAAUAAUGAUAUCUCGUCCACCCAAAGAUAAGGCUCCAGAGCCGAUCGAUGAUGACGAACCCGAUGAAUGGUGAGGUUCGCUAUUGGACUUCGUGAAUCGGUUCUGACGAGAUACGGGAACAGGGACCAGACGAUUUUGAACACCGGGUGUGCUGCCGAGAAUGAGAAAUUGAGAGACUGUUUCUACGAAACGAAAGACUGGAGAGAGUGUAAAGACGAGGUAAGGUUUUACGGCCGCCGAAGUUGAGGCUCUCCCAACCCCUAGUCGCUCGACUUCCAAAGCCGUCAAUCCAUAUUACCGAACCCGAACAAUCAAGCUGGGUGGGUCUUGUGAAGAAACAAAAGUGCUAAUAUGUUUGUCGGUCUAUACAGAUGCAGGCAUUUCGGCAGUGUUGGCAGCAGCAGGGAAAUAACGAGCGGACUUCAACGAAGGAUGUACCAAAAACGUAACCGGAGAGCUGCUCAC